GUCGGUCGCAAAAGCGAGAAAUGCUUGAUAAGUGCAAAAGCGGAAUUAAAGUUAUAUAUAUAGCUCUUAUCUCCAGUUCUCGUUUAAAGCCUUUACAUAAAUCCGAAUCAGUACGUUUCAGGUCUUCGCUUGCAGUGGUUGUGCUAUAUCAGAAUGUUUAAGCUUAAACAUUUUAUUGUGUACUUACUAAUUGCCUGCAAUCUGUGGGAAUCCGGUACGGAAUCCACCGGGAAUACCCGAUCCGUGUGCCUUCUGCAAGAUCCGCCCAAUCAGUGCGGAGAAUUCUGCCUUUUGGUGCUCCAACCGCUUUUGGAUCACAUUGCCAAGCACCAGGAGCAAUGGAACACCACCGAAGCCCUCAGACUAAACGACACCCAGUUCAAAUUGGACAGGAUACAAACCCAGCUGGCGGCACAAACUCUUUCCUUGGAGGAUUCCGCGAAGAAAGUGCCCGGAGACAUAAAGGAGAGACUGCAGAGAAUGGAAAAUCUGCAGACAACAUUACAGGAAACUCUAAAGAAAAUGCCAUCUGAACUCGACGAGAGAUUAACCAGAAUGGAAAAUCAACAAAAGUCCAUCGGCGGCCAGUUGGCAAAUCAGAUCAAUCUUACAAUAGGUCAUCAAGGUCAGUUGGAAUCGCUGAAGAAUGCAGUUCCGAUAAACUUGGAAGUGAGAUUGGCUCAGAUAGAAGAACAGCAAAAGCUCUUUACGGAAACCUUAAAGAAAAUCCCAGAGGACUUUGAGCAGAGACUGGAAAGGUUGGAGCAGCAUCAGAAGGACGAGCUGACCAAGAUGGCGACUCAACAGAACGCCAUCCAGGACACCCUCUCGAAGAUUUACAUAAAGGUCUUCUGGCCGGAGUUUGAGCGAAUCGGCACUAGAUUGUUCUACAUCAAUAACAACGAUGCACACGAUUGGAAUUCCGCCGUAGAGUACUGCCGCAAAAAGGGUGGCUAUAUAGCCGCCAUCAAAGAUGAAGAGGAGCUGGACGCCAUUUCGCUAAAACUGAACGCCAAGAACUACUGGCUGGGCAUAAACGACCAGAAGGACAUGCACAGCUACGUAUCCAAGGCAUCCGGCAAGAAAAUUACAUUUUUCAAUUGGAAUAAGGGCGAACCCAACCACGGAAAUAGCGAUGAGCGCUGCGUUGAGCUGUUUCACAACAAAAUGAACGAUGAUCCGUGCUCCAAAAAGAAGUAUGUUAUAUGUCAAACUGAUAAUGAAGUUUAGCUGAAUAG